AUGGCGAAAUCAAUUCACUGUUUUGAGCUGAAUACUGGAGCCAAAAUUCCUUCAGUUGGGCUAGGCACAUGGAGGGCUGCCCCAGGUGUUGUUGCUGAUGCUGUCACUACUGCUGUUAAGGUGGGAUAUAGGCAUAUCGAUUGUGCUCGACUUUACUGCAACGAGAUAGAGGUUGGUUCUGCAUUGAAGAAGCUAUUCGAUGAUGGUGUAGUGAAGCGUGAGGAAUUAUGGAUCACCUCCAAAGUCUGGUGCAAUGAAAUGGCACCCGAACAUGUGCCAGCAGCAUUAGAUAGAACUUUGAAGGAGUUGCAGCUUGACUAUGUGGAUCUAUAUCUAGUCCACUGGCCAGUGAGCAUGAAGAAGGAUUCUGUUGGCUAUGAGCCUGAAAACCUUACCCAACCCGACAUAGUCGGUACUUGGAGAGAAAUGGAGGCACUUUAUGACGCUGGCAAGGCUCGUGCUAUUGGAGUAAGCAACUUCUCGUCAAAGAAGCUUGGAGAUCUGCUAGCAGUAGCACACAUUCGUCCUGCUGUUAACCAAGUGGAGUGUCACCUUGGGUAUGCACCCUUAGGUUCUGCAGGUUCGCUCAAGACUGAGGUUCUCAAGAAUCCAAUUCUUAAAAUGAUUGCAGAGAAAUUAGGCAAAUCUCCAGCACAAGUGGCUCUUCGGUGGGGACUACAAAUGGGCCACAGUGUGCUACCUAAAAGCAUAAAUGAGACAAGGAUCCUAGAAAACAUUAACAUUUUUGAUUGGUCUAUACCUGAAGACUUAUUUGCCAAGCUUUCUGAAAUUGAACAGGCAAGUGACAAGCUUCUAUCUCCAUGUUUUAUGCCCAUAGUUUCUAUCUUGGUUGCUUCUGAUGUGGACGCAUUCAUUGACAAGAAGUACUGCCGCAGAAACAGAGUACCAACUGUGGCAACAAUAGAAGAUUAG